UUCCGGUCCGAGGGCAGCUAAAAUCGAAAGUGGUGUGUUUUGGGCGCCGCGCCGAGAUUGAUUCACCUUCACCUGUGCGAGCCCUAGUUGACCCAGGUGGGAAGCCAGACAGGCAGUAAAACAUGAACGGAAGAGUGGAUUAUUUGGUCACUGAGGAAGAGAUUAAUCUUACCAGAGGACCCUCAGGGCUGGGCUUCAACAUCGUCGGUGGGACAGACCAGCAGGAUGUCUCCAAUGACAGUGGCAUCUACGUCAGUCGCAUCAAAGAGAACGGAGCUGCGGCCCUGGAUGGGCGGCUCCAGGAGGGUGAUAAGAUCCUCUCGGUGAAUGGCCAAGACCUAAAGAACCUGCUGCAUCAGGAUGCUGUAGACCUCUUUCGUAACGCAGGCUACGCCGUGUCGCUGAGAGUGCAGCACAGGCUACAGGUGCAGAAUGGGCCUAUAGGACCUCGAGGUGAAGGGGAACCAAGUGGUAUUCCCAUAGCCAUGGUGCUGGUGCCAGUGUUUGCCCUCACCAUGGUAGUGGCCUGGGCCUUCAUGAGAUACCGGCAACAACUUUGAAAAGCAUCCUUUCUUCCCGCGCUCCCGAUGAAGACACAUUUCUUCCUUCUCUCACCUCCUCCCCUGCCAUUCUUCCGUAUCUUUCCCUCUCUCUGCACAAGCCAACACAUGAUUGAAAGAGACUCCUUCCCAACCAGACCUUGCUGUUCAAAAUCUCCAAAUCCUCGUAUUCUAAUGGGAAAGUAAAGGCAUUGUUUGAAGGAAA